CAAACAAAACCAAAUACAGCUCAGUUUUUAACUCUCCUACUACCCUUGUUCUUUGCUGCUUUGUUUGUUGUUGUACUUCUUUUUCUUCCAAACAUGGUGGUGUUAGAACAAGGCCUCUCAACUGCCAUGAACGCAAAAAUCAUUGGCUCAGGCAGUGAAGGCAUAGUUCUAGCACAUGGAUAUGGAGCAGACCAGUCUGUCUGGGACAAAAUCCUGCCCCAUCUGGCUCAACACUACCGCGUUCUUGUCUUUGACUGGACCUUUUCUGGUGCUGUUAAAGAUCCAAACCUAUUCGAUCCUGUCAAAUACACUUCCUAUGAGGCUUUUGCGAAUGACUUAAUCGCUCUUGUGGAUGAGAUUAACCUGCAAUCUGUGGUUUUUGUUGGCCAUUCAAUGUCUGGUAUGAUUGGUUGCAUUGCUACCAUCAAAAGGCCUGAGCUUUUUAAGAGACUUAUACUCGUUGGAGCUUCUCCAAGGUACAUAAAUAUCGAUGGUUAUGAAGGUGGGUUUGAGAAAUCGGACGUUGAGCAGAUUAUCUUGAACAUUGAAUCCAACUAUGAGAAUUGGGCUACAGCCUUUGCUUCCCUUGUAGUGGAUCAAAAAGAUCCCCUCUCAGUGGAUAAGUUCACAAAAUGCUUGAGAAGAAUGAGACCUGAAGCGGCACUUCCCGUAGCCAAAAUCAUAUUUUACAGCGAUGAAAGAGACAUUCUUGACAAGGUUAUGACCCCAUGCACAAUCAUUCAGACCACCAGUGAUAUCGUAGUCCCAAAGUCAGUGGCAUUCUACAUGCAAAACAAAAUUAAGGGAAAAUCCACUGUGGAGAUCAUAGAAACUGAUGGCCAUUUUCCACAGCUAACUGCGCACCUCCAGUUCCUUCAGGUGCUAGGGAAUGUCCUGGGCUUCUCUGAUCUUGGUCAUAAUUAAGAGACAGUUUGAAAUUUCCAUGCUUCUUCUUUUUCUCCCCCUAUUCAUUUGAAUGGUAGGAAAGCAAGGUCAGAAAUAAAUGUCCUGUGGGCAUGUGUGUUCAUAAGUUCAUGAGAUAGAGGUAGGAGUGGGUAUGUACUUGUACAAUGUAAUGUUUUGUGUUUAAUAAAGUUUGAAUAGUUGGUAGUUAGAA